AUGGAGGGGCGAGUAGGGGAUGGACCCGGCGGAGCCGACGCUUGCUUCCUGGGGGGGUUUCUUUCCGCCGCGGCGCUGACAUCUCGUCAAUCGUUCCGUUACAACGGCCCUCGACCCCCUCCUUCGGGGCAGACGGAGCCUGAGAGUGCCAGUGUGGAGGAGGAUGAGGAGGAGGAGGGAGAUGGCGAGGCAAAUGAGGAUGAUGAGGGGAGCGGGGAUGACAGUGAGGCCGGGUGGGACCCAGAGACGCAUGGCGGUGGGGAGGGGGGAGAAGAUGACGAAGACCACGAGAUGGAUGGGUUGGAGCCUGAGGGGCAAGAGGAGGAGGUGGGAGAGGGUUGUGGAGGGGCGGCAACCGAGGCGGCAUCACAGCAUGUGCGUGAAGGGGGAGGGAGCGUGGGGGUUAAGGUGGGGAGAAAGGCCGCGACCAUUAAGGCCCCAAUUGCCGUGAAAAAGAGAGUGAACAAGUUGAGGGAGCGGGCGUAUCCAUGCACGUUCACUGGGGAGCCCUUAGGAGAUGGAGUGAUCGCUCCGGAGUUCCUAGACGAGGACGGCGCGUCUGAGAGUAGUAUGGGGACUGGCAAGGGGGGUAACAGGGCACCGGGGUGGCAAGUGCACAUGUUCGGACCGGAAGGGGCAGACGAGAAGCGUCAGUGCAAGAAUUGCACCGACAGGAUUUCGUGGAGAGAGUCCACGACCACACCCGGCGAGCGGCACUUCGCGAGCCACCACACAGCGCACAUGCACGUAUGGCAUCACCGUUACCACACCCCGUCCCUUCAUUUGCCAGGGGAGACGUUUCCACGAGGGGGCUACAAGGGCGUGCCGGAUGGCUACGUAGAACAGUGGCCGCAUGCCAAGUCAUGGCCGCAUCUCCCCAAGAAGAAGGGGAAGGCGUCUGAGGGCGGACCAGGGUCGUUUUGGGAGCUCCUGAUCCUGCUGAACCGCAACUGCGCGCAGAAGAACUUUAUCCCUUCUCGCUGGACGGUUUCCCGUGACACUGUGGUCUAUGCGGCUGCCGCUCUUCAGUCAGCCAUUGCGGAGCUGCUGGCUAAGGAGGGGGGGUUGGGGUGCAAGGUGUCGUACACCAUCGACAUGUGGACGGCACCCAACAACAGGGCGUGGCUAGUGGUUACUGGUCACUGGGUGGACGAGAACUUCCAGCUGCGCACAAUGGUGCUAGAGUUCCGCGAGAUACACGGGCGGCAUACGGGCAAGGAGAUGGCGAGGGUGGUCGAGGAGACGGUGGUGCAGUGGGGGUUGGAGGGGCGUUGUCUUGGUUUCACCUCUGACAACGCCUCUAGCAACACAGCCGCUUUCAGGCGGAUGUCGGAGGAGGGUGGUGGUCUGUGUUUCUUCGACUCGCGCAUGCACUUCCGUUGCUUGGCACACGUGAUCAACCUUGCAGUGAAGGCAGCUCUAGCAGUGGCUGCCAUCCGCAGGUUGUUGAAGGUGCUAAGAGAGAUGGCGUCGUGGAUUGGCUUCUCGCCGCAGCGCUCAGGGAAGUUCUUGGGCCUUCAGCGGACCUUGAACGCGCAGGCUAACCCCCCGAAACUGAAGCAGGCGUUGAAGCUGGUUUCGGACAGUCCUACGCGGUGGGGGUCGACCCACGACAUGCUCGAGCGUGCAGGGGUUCUCCAGGAACCCAUCACUGUCUUCUUUGCCCAGACACAGGGCUUGUCGAAGGCAGACAAGGCAAAGGUGGAGAGCCUCAAGCUGACGGACGCAGACUGGGAGACUCUGCAUGCUGUCAAGACGUUCCUCAGUCCAUUCGCCAAAGUCUCAAAGGCGGUGGAGGGAGCGGCUUACCCUACAGUUGCGGUGGUUCUGCCGUACUACAACGGCCUCAUCGACACUAUGGAGUCGCGCCUCGCCAAGGGGCCAUCAGCGACGCUGAAGCCCAUGAUUGAGGCGGCGCUGGGUCUCUUGAAGAAGUAUGAACUGAUGUCCAGCAACGAGUUGUGGAUCGCCACCUUCCUGGACCCUUCCAUGAAGGCGGCGUGGUUCGACAACCCGCACUGGGAGACGCUGCAUCCCGAGACCGACCGGAGGUCGAGGCCGCGUCCCUCAUCAGGCGAGGUGAUCCAGCUGGUACGCGACCGCGUGACCGAGUACCAGGCCCGGGCUGCGGCUCUUGCACCUAGACCGACCCCACUUGCCCCCGUGACGGAGGAGGGGGAGGGGGACGCGGCGGAUGACGACGAAGACGCGGAGUUUCUCCCCAGUCGCCGACGACUUGCGGCGCGUCUGUCAGCGAGCCAGGCGGCGGGGAGGGGUGGGAUGGUGCAGGAUGACGAGGUUGGUAGGUAUCUAUCUGAGAGGGUGCGGUACGACGUGUCAGCGUUGGAUUACUGGCGCACCGCCACCAACAUGCAGACGCUGCGCCGCAUGGCCCGGGAUUAUCUCGCCAUCCCUGCCACGUCCGCCUCGAGCGAGCGCGUGUUUUCCCUUGGCCGCAACCUCAUUUCCUGGAAGCGGCACCGCCUGGCCUCCCAGAGGACGCGAGCUGUCAUGAUUCUCAGGUCAUGGUACAGCUCACACCCUGGACAGAGGAUAGGCGAGGGCCGCCGUGCAAAGGGCGUCGCACCACCAGAGUUCGCCAUUGAAGGCAAGGGGGAGGAGGAGGACGACGAGGAGGAGGAGGAGGAGGAGGAGGGGGAGGAGGAGCAGGAGGGUGUGGGUGUUGACGACACCGUUGGCGGGGAGCAUGCUGUUGUUGGUAGUAGCAGUGGUGCUCAGGUGUAG